AUGUUUCCGCAAUGUUCGCUUUCCCUGCUGAGUAUCUGGGUCACGCUCGCAGUCUAUGUUGUUAGGACUGCCGCGAGUGGGGAGCAAGUCUCCCUGACCGGCGGGACGACCGCUGAGUCGACGCGUAAGUUUUGCGGGAAGUUAGCGGGAAAUGGCUCAGAUACGCGCAUAAAUCGCGCUUCAGGAUUGGAAGAGCCGUUCUUUUGGGCUGAGCAGGGUUGGAAUGGUCUCACGACGUUCGCGGGCGCACUACCAUUGCGAUGUUUCGGGGCCGAUGCAGGGGUACUUUUCGAUGUAGCCGUGCUUGGCGCGCCCUUCGACACUGCCACGACAUAUCGUUCAGGGGCACGAUUUGGUCCUAAUGGCAUACGUCAAGGUGCCAGACGUCUCGGGAUUUCCAGAAUCAAUGUUCCCAUGAAAGUGCGCGUCAGCGAGCACCUCGAAGUGGUCGACUGCGGUGACGUCCCUAUGGUUUACAUAGACAACAAAGUUGCUCUGCGACAACUCGAGCUAGCUAGUUCUGCCAUCCUCUCCAAGAAGAGCCUUCGCAUUUACGAGGGAGAAAGUAUAGCAAGGGACGGGAGUUUCCAUCCUCGGAUUCUGACGUUGGGCGGAGAUCACACUAUCACACUGUCGAUGCUACGGGGCAUGGCUCAAAUAUACGGUCCGGUCAGGUCGGCGUCGUUCAUUUUGAUAGCCACAUUGAUACUUGGAAGCCACGAAGAGUGCCCGAUGGACCGUGGCUUCCAGAUGAAGUUGGAGAUCCCAGUGACACACGAUAAUUACUUCUGGCACGCGCACGAGGAGGGUCUCCUGGCGUCAAAUCACUCUAAUAUCCACGUGGGUAUACACGGUGCGCUGGACAGCUGGCAAGACUACGAUGACGAUUACGAAGCAGGCUUCGUGAUCAUCCAGGCUGAGGAAAUAGAAGAUAUCAGCUACAAGGGCAUUGUAAAGAAGAUUAGAGAUGCGGUUGGAGACAACCCAGUAUACAUUUCAUUCGAUAUAGACGUGAUAGACCUUGGGAUGGCACCUGCCACUGGGACUCCCGAGAUAGGCGGAUUCACUACUAGAGAAGUGAGAAAGAUUCUUCAGGGCUUAAAUGGCCUCAAAAUUGUGGGCGCAGACGUUGUCGAAGUUGCUCCGGGCUACGAUUCCCAAGCUGAGAUUACGCAAAUCGCCGCAGGGAAUAUUGGUUGGGACAUCCUCGCGCUAAUGGCGAAAACGCCACUCGUGGUAUGA